GAGAUGAGUCUGAUAUCAGGAGCAUUGCUUCAACUCAGGGAAAUUUUGAUUCUCUCCUGCCCGCAGCAAGAGCAAGUCGUUGGGUCUCUUCUGUUUGGAGCCUUCCUCCUCUCCCUGGGUGGCGGCACCAUACUGGACCGCUACGGACGGCGGUUCUCCAUCGUCCUCACGGCGCUGCUGUGUGUGUUGGGCACGCUUCUGAGCGUGUGUGUGGUGUCGUUUUGGGUGCUAGUAGUCGGGCGGAUGCUUGUCGGCAUGGCGGUAGCGCUGUCUGGCACAGCGUCGUGCCUUUACGCGGCAGAAGUGGCACCGGCCGCCUGGCGUGGGAGAUGCGUAUGUGUGUAUGAGUUGAUGGUAGUUUUAGGGAUGCUGUUGGGUUUUGGAAUGAGCUGGGCAUUCGCAGGGGUCUCGGAUGGAUGGAGGUUUACGUUUGGUUGUGUGCUGUUCCCUGCUUUGCUGCAAGCUGGCAUCAUGCCGCUUUUGCCGCAGAGUCCGCGCUUUUUGCUGGCCCAGCAGCGUGAGAAGGAGGCUCACGCAACUCUCCUCCGUCUUCGUGCUGGAAUCAAAGGAGUAGACGCAGUGGAGGACGAACUUCGGGCGAUAUGCAUGGCAUUGGGGGCGGAGCGCCUGCACGGCUUCCUGGACCUCUUCCGUUCUCGUGACAAUAUGCUUCAGAGACUGCUUGUUGGCGCUGCGCUAGUUUUCUUGCAGCAGGCUACGGGACAGCCCAACAUUUUA